AAGGGACUCACACACUGAAAGAAUAUCUUUGAUGAGGACAAUUCAGGCAAGCAGAAUGAUUAUUGCAGCAGGAUUACAUGAUUAACUGAGAUCUUGAAGUAGGUCCGGAGAGUCCUUGUCACCUAACUUAUCAUGGUUGGGGGGAGGUUGACGAGAAUCCAGUUUUGAUAAAGACAGUUGUUUUUUUUCCUCCCCAAGUGACUAUACAUUUAAAUAGCUAAAACAUCUGUUCAGCAACAUAGUAAAACAUGUAUACUCAGAACGCCUGAGAGAAGAGCCUGCCAAACAACCGGUUGAGAGGGACUUUGCUGAGGGAGAGCACCAAGAUAAAGCAACCGCUGUUUGUUUUGUCUAGUCAGGGGGAAAGCCAAGGCAACCAAUAUUUUGAGUUUCUUUUAUUUCAUUUGUGAAGGAUUAUUUGAGAAAGGGUAGCGAGGGAAGGUUUCCUGACGUGAAUUUUUUAAGCUGUCCAUUAGUAGAAAAGCAAGAGAGCCUUGGAUGUCAACGCCUAACAAACUCUUGAGACCAGCUACCAAACCACGAAAAGUGACUUUCUUCCUGAGUGUUCUCUACGGUCUUUCUGAUGGAAGCAGAAACGGGGAGCAGCAUAGAGGCUAGAAAGGGGGCCAACAGAGGCACUCAAGUCGCCCUGGCUGUGUUUAUCGUUGGCACUGUGGUGCUGGGCACGAUCCUCUUUCUAGUGAGUCAAGGUCUCUUAAAUUUCCAAGCUAAACAGGAGUACUGCCUGAAGCCAGAGUGCAUCGAAGCCGCUGCUGCCAUCUUGAGUAAAGUAAAUCUGUCUGUGGACCCUUGUGAUAAUUUCUUCCGGUUUGCUUGCGAUGGCUGGAUAAACAAUAAUCCAAUUCCUGAAGAUAUGCCAAGCUAUGGGGUUUAUCCUUGGCUGAGACAUAAUGUUGACCUCAAGUUGAAGGCACUGUUGGAGAAAUCAAUCAGUAGAAGGCGUGACUCUGAGGCCGUACAGAAAGCCAAAAUCCUUUAUUCAUCCUGCAUGAAUGAGAAAGCCAUCGAAAAAGCAGAUGCCAAGCCACUGCUCCACAUUCUGCGGCAUUCACCUUUCCGCUGGCCUGUACUUGAAGCUAAUAUCGGUCCUGAAGGAGUUUGGUCAGAGAGAAAAUUCAGUCUUCUGCAAACGCUUGCAACAUUUCGUGGUCAAUACAGCAAUUCUGUGUUCAUCCGUUUGUAUGUGUCCCCUGAUGACAAGGCAUCCAAUGAACACAUUUUGAAGCUAGACCAAGCAACACUCUCCCUAGCUGUGAGGGAAGACUACCUGGAUAACAGUACAGAAGCCAAAUCAUAUCGGGAUGCCCUUUAUAGGUUCAUGGUGGACACUGCUGUGCUUUUAGGAGCUAACAGCUCUCGAGCAGAGCAUGACAUGAAGUCAGUGCUUAGAUUAGAAAUUAAGAUAGCUGAGAUAAUGAUUCCACAUGAAAACCGAACCAGUGAGGCCAUGUACAACAAAAUGAACAUUUCUGAACUGAGUGCCAUGAUUCCCCAGUUUGACUGGCUUGGCUACAUCAAGAAGGUCAUUGAUGUCAGGCUGUAUCCCCACCUGAAAGACAUCAGCCCCUCCGAGAACGUGGUGGUCCGCGUCCCACAGUACUUUAAAGAUUUGUUUAGGAUAUUAGGCUCUGAGAGGAAGAAGACCAUUGCCAACUAUUUGGUGUGGAGAAUGGUUUAUUCCAGAAUUCCAAACCUGAGCAGGCGCUUUCAAUAUAGAUGGCUGGAAUUCUCACGGGUGAUCCAGGGGACCACAACUUUGCUGCCUCAAUGGGACAAAUGUGUAAACUUUAUUGAAAGUGCCCUCCCUUAUGUUGUUGGAAAAAUGUUUGUGGAUGUGCACUUCCAGGAAGAUAAGAAGGAGAUGAUGGAGGAAUUGAUUGAGGGUGUUCGCUGGGCCUUCAUUGAUAUGCUGGAGAAAGAAAAUGACUGGAUGGAUGCAGGGACGAAAAAGAAAGCCAAAGAAAAGGCAAGAGCUGUUUUGGCAAAAGUUGGCUACCCUGAGUUUAUAAUGAAUGAUACUCAUGUUAAUGAAGACCUCAAGGCAAUCAAAUUUUCAGAAUCGGACUACUUUGGCAAUGUUCUGCAAACCCGAAAGUAUUUAGCACAGUCUGAUUUCGUCUGGCUAAGAAAAGCUGUUCCAAAAACAGAGUGGUUUACAAAUCCAACAACUGUCAAUGCCUUCUACAGUGCAUCUACCAACCAGAUCCGAUUUCCAGCAGGAGAGCUGCAAAAGCCUUUCUUUUGGGGAACAGAAUAUCCUCGAUCUCUGAGUUAUGGUGCUAUAGGAGUAAUUGUUGGACAUGAGUUUACACAUGGAUUUGAUAAUAAUGGUAGAAAAUUUGAUAAAAAUGGAAACCUAGAUCCUUGGUGGUCUAUGGAUUCAGAAGAAAAGUUUAAAGAAAAAACAAAGUGCAUGAUUAACCAGUAUAGCAGCUAUUAUUGGAAGAAAGCUGGCUUAAAUGUGAAGGGGAAGAGGACCCUGGGAGAAAAUAUUGCCGAUAAUGGAGGUCUGCGGGAAGCUUUUAGGGCUUACAGGAAAUGGGUAAAUGAGAGAAGGCAAGGAGUUGAGGAGCCUCUCCUACCAGGCAUUACAUUCAACAACAACCAGCUCUUCUUCCUGAGUUAUGCCCAUGUGAGGUGCAAUUCUUAUAGACCAGAAGCUGCCCGAGAACAAAUUCAAAUUGGUGCUCACAGCCCCCCUCAAUUUAGGGUCAAUGGUGCCAUUAGCAACUUUGAAGAAUUCCAGAAAGCUUUUAAUUGCCCACAUAAUUCCUCGAUGAACAGAGGUGUGGAUUCCUGUCGACUCUGGUAGCUGGAGUGCUGUAUUCUGCCAUCCUGAGUCAACUGCCCA